AUGGACCACGAUGACAGGGGCGACCUAUCCUUCGCACCACCAUCUUCACGUUCCGGAAGCCGGACACCGCGAAAGAUCAAAAGACAACCCCCGCAAGAAACCGUGAGACAAUUCUGGGACCAAUUCAGCGCCAAGUUUCCAGGGAAAGUUUAUACCGUUCUUCCUGAUAACCCGUACGCACGCAGCAAAGCCGCACGGAUACCCAAAGGUACUAUCCAGGGUCAGAAUGCGGCGAAGCCCUACCACCAGGCCAGAAAGGAGUGUGAACGAUCUGUUAACCGGAUUGUACGGGAGUGCGAACGCUUGAAUCAGAAGUAUACGGAUCCGCAUUUUGAUAUCGAGGUUGAUUUGAAGUCUGGGAGUAGGCAUUAUCUGGAUGGGUUGGAUGUGUGUAAUUUAGAGAUGCUGCCAAAAGGCGUCAAGAGGGUUACUGAGAUAUUUGAGAAACCACAGUUCUAUGUGAACGGGCCGACUGCCUCAGAUGUACGCCAGGGCCGAGACGGCGAUUGUUGGCUCAUGGCAGCUCUGUGUACUCUGGGAAAUAAACGAGACCUUAUCGACAAUAUCUGCGUCGCGCGUAAUGAAAAAGUUGGUGUUUAUGGAUUCGUUUUCUUCCGAGAUUAUGAUGAAUCAUUAGACGAGCGACACGUCUGGGACGAUAUCACCCGUAAGGAUACCGAAGAGGAAUACCGGAAAGCCUUUCAGACCGGAUCGAGAGCCCUAUACUUCGCUCAGUGUGCGGAUGAGAACGAAAUAUGGCUACCACUACUGGAGAAGGCUUUUGCAAAGGCACACGGAGACUAUUCUGCUAUUGAAGGUGGAUUUGUGGGGGAAGCCAUUGAGGACCUUACCGGUGGCGUUACCAUAGAUAUAUUGUCCAGCAGUGUUCUGGACAAAGAUCGCUUCUGGAACGAGGAACUCAUGAAAGUUAAUCGGGACUUCCUUUUCGGUUGCGGUACUGGUCUGUGGUCCAAUUGGUUGUGUCCAAAGUACGAAGGUCGUCCUAGGGAUAGGAAAGGUAUAUUCGAAAAUCACUCGUACUCUAUCAUGGAGGCCCGAGAGAUUGAUGGUCAUCGCUUGCUUCGAUUGAGGAAUCCCUGGGGCAAGAAAGAAUGGAGUGGAGCAUGGAGUGAUGGUUCUGAGCAGUGGACUCCAGAAUGGAUGGAAAAGUUAGGACAUAAGUUUGGCAACGAUGGGGUAUUUUGGAUUUGUUAUGAUGACCUGCUCAAAAAAUAUCAACAUUUCGACCGAACACGCCUCUUCGGACCUGAAUGGACAGUCACUCAGCAGUGGACCUCUCUCAAUGUUCCAUGGUCUGCGGAUUACCACAGUACCAAGUUCAUGAUUGCUGUAACAGAGGAAAGUCCCUUGGUGAUUGUCCUCUCGCAGCUCGAUUCACGUUACUUCAAAGGCUUAGCAGGGGAGUACGACUUCGCUCUCAAGUUCAGGGUGCAAAAGGAUGGCGAGGAAGAUUACCUUGUUCGCAGCCAGAGCAAUCAUCUAUUGAAACGAUCCGCCAACGCAGAGAUCACCCUCAAGCCAGGUCGCUAUUAUGUCCUCAUGAAGAUCACAGCGUACCGGCACCCUGGUAUGGAAUCAACAGAUGAGGCCGUCAGUCGUUUAGCUUCAAGGAGGCGCGAGAAACUGGUUCAGAUCGGGCUGUCGUAUGACCUAGCACACGCCAAGGGUCGCGUCACUGAGACGGAAAGAGAGAAGAAAGCCCGCGAAAAUUAUGAAAGGCGUAGCAAAGCGCUAGAGAGGGAGAGACGACGCGAUGAAACAAAAAGAAGGCUGCAAAAGGAGUGGAUUCGAGAGCGGAAGACGGCUGCACGGAAAAAGAGAGCAACAGAAAGACUUGCUGGUAGAAAAGACAGUCUCUCCAGUAACCAAUCCCUGGGAAAUGGUGUAUUUAAAAAGGGAUCGCUCGAGGACUCCCUUCACAUACGGGCAGACAUGGUCAACAGUCCGGCGACAUUCGGAAUCAACGGCACCAUUCCCGCCGUUCAGCUAAACGGUUACAAUAAGCCGAAGCGCAAGAGAGACUCAAGGCAUCUCAGCAUUGACACCAAUUGCACAGCAGAUGACUUUGACUGCAGUGAGCUAGAACUGCUGGAUGGAUUUGAAUUCGAUUCUGACAUCGACAUGCCCGAGGAACCUGAACCUGCAGAACAAGCGCCUCGAGGGCUAUCUAUGUACUGCCCAGAGGAGUCUAUCAGUGACCCCUGGAAUGCAGUUUGUGUUGUAGGUCUGCGAGUCUAUUCUAAGGAUCCGAGGUUGAGUCUGGAAGUCGUUCGUCCUGUGCCGGGAGACGACGUUGAAGCGGCGUUGGAUAUGGAUGACCCCGCGGUAUCUGCGACAAACGAGAGAAGUGGAUUGGAUCAGCUCUUUAUUUAG